AUGACUUCUUCCUCUCAGCCCAAAAAGCUUGUCGUUCUUGACCUCAAUGGGACCCUCGUCGUGCGCUCGAAGUUCGAGGGAUCGAAGGGACCCCGUAUGCGCGGAGCAUAUGUUCCUCCCGCUCCACGCGUCGUCUACUCCCGGCCCUACUUGCGCACGUUCCGCAAAUUCUUGACACACCCUUCGACGCGCGCCUGGCUCGACUCCAUGGUCUGGAGCUCAGCGCAGCCGAAGAGCAUAGAGAGCAUGGUCGCGCACGCCUUCCCGGGGGAUGCGCGUCAGGCGUUGACCGCCGUCUGGACGCGGGACGAUAUGGGGUUGACCCAGCAGGAGUACUACUCGAAGACGCAAACGACAAAAGACCUGGAGAAGGUGUGGCAAGCUAUGCGCAGGCACUCGGGCAAGACGACGGUCCUGGUCGACGACUCCGUGCUCAAGGCACACACGCAGCCGUUCAAUCACCUCUGUCUUCCAGAAUACACACUCGAGACUCGCGACGCCGACAUAGCGGCCAUUGCGCGCGGGAAACAUAGGAAGACGAAGGACAAGACCACACGUGCAGUGACCAAGGACGCCCUGGACGAACUGGUCUCGAGCAUGCAAGCGGCCACAAUUUCCGGAAAUCACAACGUCGACGCCCCCGGGAAAGACGGGCGCGUGCCGGCCGGUGUCGAUGCGGCGCUCCUCGCUGUGGUCGGCAUCAUCAGUCGCCUGAAGGACGUCCGGGAUGUGGCGGCGUGGAUCGAAGGGGGCAAUAUCAUGCGCCCUGCAGGGCUGAAGGCCGACAAGGGGGGAAGCGCGGGCUCUAUCGAUCAUGGGCAGGCGAUGUGGUUCCACAACACGGAGAUCGUGCAGGCAUGGGCUCAGGAAGGCGUGCGCGUGCUGGACGAGAUGGGCAUCACGGUGGCACAAGGAAUCGAGGCGCAAGCUCGCGCGUGA